AUAUAUAUAAUCAUCUUGAUAUGGCCUAUAGAUCUUUUAUCCAAUGAUAAUUUGACACGUAUACAGAGACAGAAACCUUUAGGCAUCGUAACAAUAACCGGUUCAAAUAGAUCUACUGUUUCUGCCUAAAAGGUACUAACAAGUUGACUCAGUAAUCUCUGGUUUCACUCGUCGUCGGAUAAAAAAAAAAGAAGAGCAUUUCCCUUAAAUCGAUGGCGACUGAAAAUCCUAUUACUACGGAGACCGUUGCUCUCACCGAGAAGAAAAUGGACAUGUCUUUAGAUGCUAUUAUCAAGAUGUCAAAGAGCAACACCAAUGUCAAUAAAGGCAAGAAACUGAGAGCAUCCAAUAAAAAGGAGAAGUUUAAUGGUGCGGCCAAAAACAGUACGGUAAAAGCUCAGCUUUAUAUGGACUCACGGUCUGAUGUUAGACAGGGUGCUUUUGCAAAGAGAAGGUCUAAUUUCCAAGGAAACCACUUUCCUGUUACAACAGCUGUUGCUCGUAAUGUUGCUUCUGGUGCUCCAAUCCGUGGUAGACCUUAUAACGCUGGAAGGAUGGCUAAUACGAAUCAAUCAAGGUCUAGACUGCUUGAUAAUUCUCUGAUCGUUUGCUUAAUAACAUGGGCUCCCUCUAUGCUUGUGUCUGAGUUGAGUCUAAGGGGGUAUUUGGAUUGGAGGCGUAGUCAGAGAUUAGUGUGUUGGUGGUACUUAUUAGAUUUGAGGUUCCUUACUCCACCAGCUCAGUAUGGAUCUGCACCAAGAGGGUUUGUCUCAAAGCAGCAGCAGCAAUGGGAGAAGAUAGAGCAAAAGCAAGCAAAUGGAGGAGGAGGGCAGAGGCAAGGGCCUCAGACGCUGGACUCUCGGUUUGCAAACAUGAAAGAAGAGAGGAUGAGAAUGAGAAGGUUUAUAGAAAAGGGAAGCAAUGUAGGCAACAAUGGUGUUGGACUGCAGUACCAGCAGCAGCAGCAAUGGGGAAGAAGAGCCACAAGAUUCCCCAACUGAUUUAUGUGAUCCGCAGAACAAUGGCGUUACUAUUAAUGCAGAUUGGUUUGGAUUCAAUGUUUGAAGUGUACAACAUUCAUUUAUGAAUCUUUCUCUUCUUGGAGUCUAGCAGAAGAGGAAAUAUUGAAUCUUUGGUUGUAAUUGGUGUGUUCUUUUGGUCAGGGCGGGAUAUGGACAUUGAUCAUUUUGCCCUCUCAUCUCUUAAGCUUGCACAGAAAUGUAAUCACAUGAAAUGAAAGAUUUCCCCUUGUAGUA